AUGGCGACUGUACUCGUUCAGCAGCAAGCGCUGCACCACUCGACCCCUCCUCCCUCCCCGAUCCCUUCCGCCUUGACAGUCAACCGGCGACCGAGUCCCAUCCCGAAUAAGCAUAUCCCAAUAUGCCCCACCGGUCCAUCUCCACCAAGUCCCUCCUUACAGUCCAUCAUUACUCCCAGUGACGGCACCUCAUCCUUGCUAUCACCGCCCGACGAGUCCAUGCGCAUUGGGCGCCCGACAUCCCCCGCCGUCUAUGCAAUUGAUGGUGUUCGACUUGCAGCCGCGAUCGCCCAUGCCGCGUCGCAACCCAUGCCCGACGCCAAUCUCAUGUUCCCAUGGCUCCACGGUCUCCACCAAGACAACCACCUGCAGUUGGGAUUCUUUUCAAGUCGCAAGCGCCAUGCGCGCCGCACACCUAAAUGUUGGCGCGGGAUCACAGUCGUGAAACUCGGGGGCGAUCUGUCCAAGGCGCGCCUCAAGGGUGCAGUGGCCGUGAGUGAGGUACUCGCGCCUUCAUCUCGGUUCCUGCUUGCAGAUCCCCCCGAGGGGUUCUCUGUCCGCAACUUCCAAAUCCAAACCGCCAAGCUGGCUGCGAUGUCCGAUAUUGUUAUCUAUGCCGAGGACGAUGGAUGCCAAAAGGAGCUUGUGGACCUGGCCAACCAAUUUGCGAUGGCGCAGCAAGCAUGGAGACUCAAGAUGGAUCCUCUGCAGGAGAGACCAACGUACAACACGUUCAUACUUGCCGACAAAUUUUCCGAUGUCGCGAUCAAUCAACCUGAGCUUAUUGCCAUUGAUGCAACAGGUCAAUUGACAGGAAGAACCAUGGAUUUCGUUCAAUGGGAACGUUUGGAAAUGGCGACCAUGUCUCGAGCCUCCGAAAUCUCGUCCAAUGUGUGGCUUGGAAACACUCCUGACUACUUCCACUUAUCGCGAACCUCGAGAGAGGAUAACUAUGACCUUUUGAUCGAAGCAAGUGAUAUGGCCAACAUUCCCGGUCCCCGAUACCUUGCCAUGCUCGAUAAGCAACUCGAGAGUGGUCCCCAGCGAAUGGAGUUCCCCUCAUCAGGCUCUCUGUUGCUUCCAUCGGGCAACACCCGGGAGGCUGAAGACAUCGUCAACACCAUUCGAUGGAUCUACUAUCUUGCCCACCCAGAACCCCAGAGCGAAGAAAUGGAGGUUGAGGGUGACACCGCAACUACCACCCAAAGAGGGAAACCGCGUCGGGUCCUCAUCCACUGCGCUGACGGUUAUACGGAAAGUUCACUAUUGGCAGUAGCAUACUUCAUGUUUGCGGAAGGAGUGCCCGCACACGAGGCUUGGCUGCGACUGCAUCGCGAGAAGAAACGAAACUUCUUUGCCUACCCGACAGAUGUCGCCUUCCUUUGUCACAUACAGGGCCGUCUCCUACAAGAAAGUCCGGCGGUACAGUCUCCGGAUCUUUCAAAAGCAUUGGAUCCUGCUUGGUUUCAUGCAAUCGAUGGCUCAUUCCCUAGCCGUAUCCUACCCUAUCUCUAUUUGGGCAACCUGACCCAUGCAAAUAACCCAGAGCUCCUGUGGGAACUUGGCAUUAAGCGUGUGCUCAGUAUUGGAGAGGCUGUCAACUGGAAGGAAUCUGACCGCGCCAGUUGGGGAGCUGAGAAUAUGAUGUACAUCGACAAUGUCCAAGACAACGGCAUUGACCCGCUCUGUCAGGAGUUUGAUCGCUGCUUGGAGUUCAUCGAAAAAGGAAAGCGCGAUGGGACAGCUACCUUAGUUCAUUGUCGAGUCGGAGUUUCUAGAUCCGCAAGUAUUUGCAUUGCCGAAGUCAUGGCAUCGAAGCAACUUUCAUUCCCAAGAGCAUACUGCUUUGUCCGCGCACGACGCCUAAAUGUGAUCAUCCAGCCUCAUCUGCGCUUUGUUUAUGAACUCCUACAGUGGGAGGAACAUCAAAUGAAAAGACGAGGCCAAAUCAUGAAGCGUGAACUCGAGUGGCAAAACGUCACACGAGAAAUCGCCCUUCUCAACAAGCCCUACUCGAGGAGUUAA